AUGCCAGUUGCUUCAUCAAGGGAUCGAGUUUGCUUUACUGGUAGAUCAUUAGGUGUUGUACUACUACUUUUGGUGAACGUUCUAUGGGUAUUGUCGUCUGAACUAACUAGAUUUAUUUUCAUCGAUGAGGAUUUCAAGCGACCGUUCUUCACUGCUUAUGUGAAAACAUGUAUGCUGACUGUAUAUAUAGUACGCUAUAUAGCUUUCGAAAAAUCUCAACAGCACUUGUACAAUGUCCUCGAAAAUGACGUUUCCGAUUGCGAGUCGGUCGAUAUUGGUCGCCAUCAUAGCUUGAGUACAGAAGGCUUCGAGACAAUGACGUCGGAUUCUGAAAGCGACAUUAGUAGAGCCCAAAUAAUUUCGAGAAGUGUUCGAUUUGCCGAACAUAGGGAGAUACGCCGAAUGCCGGCGGAUGAGGCACAGGAAGCACGCGAAGCACGACUUCCAUAUUCUCCUCCCAUGUUUGACUGUUCGUUCUCGGUACAUCUUCCGGACAAUAUCAAGUAUACGGUGUUUUUCUUUGCUCCAAUGUGGCUUCUGUGUACGUUCACAUAUCAGACCGCCCUCUUAUUCACUUCCGUAUCUUCACUGAAUUUGAUUUCAUCGUCAUCGUCUUUAUUCGUACUAGUGUUUUCAAUUUGUUUUCCCUCUUCAUCUUCAAGAUUCACCCUUUUAAAGGCGUUCCUUGUUGCGGUGAAUUUGGGAGGCGUUUUUGUAGUUUCUCAGUUUUCUGUGUCACUCAAAGGUGCUUUGCUCGCACAGAUCUCCUCAGUUUCGUACGCACUAUAUUUAACUUUGUACAUGCGAUAUCAAGAGAAAAACGGGGAAAUCAGCAUUAAUUUGAUGUUUGGCACGAUUGGUCUUCUAGCUGUGAUCGUUGGAACUCCUAUGCUCUUUAUUCUCGACGCUUACGGUGUGGAGCAACUGCAUCCAACCCCAGAUGGCGAACAAAUACUAUCAAUUGUGCUAGCUGCUCUUUUCGGUACUCUUCUUGGCGAUUACCUUUGGUUGACAGCUGCCAGACUGACUGACUCACUAUCGGCGUCACUCUCACUAACGUUGGCGAUUCCAUUUUCUUUUCUGGCCGACACCGUGAUUCGAGGGCAGCCACCAUCUGGAAUACAACUUCUGGCAGCCAUUCCAAUCUCGUUAUCAUUUAUUGGAGCAGCCAUAGUAGAUCACAGGAGUUCACCACCUCAUGGAACAGAAAUGAGGCAUUCAUCGGAAGAAGAAGAUGCGGCUUCUUUACUCAAUGAUGAACAAUCUUAA